CCGGCUCAAACGAUCCCAUGACGCCUUUGCCCAUCCUACUCAUCCACUCCGCCGCCGCGUGGGCGCCCGACGCGCCUCGUUACUGGCCAAAGUAUGGCGGCAGCCGCCAGGUCCGCCUCCUCGACGGCGCUUGGCGCUACGGCUUCAUCGACGGCUGGGAUUCGGGCUUCGACUCGAUGAAUGCCAGCUUCAGGCCGUCGGACGGCGCGACGCCAAACAUGACGAGCGUCCCCUCCUGCAUGGACGUCGUCGCCGGCGGCGCGGGCGGCUACCUCGGCCCUCGCGGCGUCGGCCUCUUUCGGACCUCCUUCCGCAGCCCCGCGGCCGGCUCGGCCGUGCGGCUGCAGUUCCAGUCGUGCUCCUUCUACUGCCGCGUGUGGGUCAACGGGAGGGAGGUGGGCGACCACCUCGCCGGCGGCUACGUCGCCUUUGCCCUCGACGUGCCUGCAGACGCCCUCUCUCCCGACGGCGGCGGAGAGAACGAGCUCUUCGUCCUCGCGGACAACCGCUUCAACGCGACCACGGCGCCGAUGCACACGGGGGGCGACUUUUGGCACUACGGCGGGAUCACGCGCUCGGUCGAGCUGCACGCUGUGCCGGAGGCGGGACCGCUCCUGUGGCGGGCGCAUGUGGUGCCGUCCUCGUCGGCGGUGGAGGCAGAGCAGCCCGACGGCGCGCCGGCGGCGGUGGACAUCUCCCUCGUGCUGAGCGGCGUCGAGGGCGGGCGGGAGGAGCUCAAAGGGCAGGGAGAGCUCGGCGGGAAGGCAGAGUCUGGAGGGGCGGUAGGUGGGUCGCCUCGGUGCGGCGGCGGUGCCGCAUGCCCCGCGCCCGUCUACUACUUCUCCCUCGCCUUCGACGGCGGGGAGGCGGUGGCGAGGAACGGCACCGCGUCGGGCGGGACGGUGAGCAUGGGCGGGCAGUCGGCGACGGCGCGACUCACCCUCAACGGAGAGGUUGCCAAGCUGGUUGGCUGGAACCACCACACACAGUGGCCGGCGAGCCCGACCGACGAGCAGCUCGACGCCGACAUCGCGCUGCUCCGCAAGGGCGGCGCCAACCUCGUGCGGGGAGCGCACUAUCCGCACGACCCCCGCUGGCUGGACCGGCUCGACGAGGCUGGGAUCCUCUUCUGGUCCGAGACGCUCGGCCCUGCGGUCAGCGUCGCAAACACGAAGGACUGGGCCUUCUUCAUGGUGCACCAGAAGCGGCAGCUCUCCGAGAUGAUCGACAACGCCAUCAACCACGCGGCGGUCUUCGCGUGGGGCUGGAGCGGAGCCUGCUACGAGCACGCGAGCCUCGUCGCCUUCAACGACUACCCCGGCUGGUACUCGUCCAAGUCGCCGCGUGUGUGGGACGGCUUCGCGGCGGCGGUGGCCGAGGGGACGACGGCGAGCGGCCGCCACACCGUCGGCAAGCCGAUGAUGAUCUCAGAGACGGGCGCCGCCCUCCCUCGCGCCGGGGGCGUGUACGAGUGGGGCGACAACGCGACCGCGUCAAAGUGGACGCUGCAGUACCAGUCGGCGGUGAUCGGCGAGGACGUCGACGUGGCGUUGGCCAACGACCGCAUCUCGGGCAUCAGCUUGUGGCACUUUUAUGACUUCAAGGAGAACGGCACCCACUGCACCUACGACCACCCGCCGCCCACCACCUUCGAGGAGCUCCGCCGGCUCGGCCCGCCAAACUGCACCGCCAUCGCGCCAACCUUCCGGCCCGGAGGCACCAACCACAAGGGCGUGCUCGACUUCUGGCGGCGGCCGAAGCCGGCGUUCGCGAUGGUGGCGGCAAAGUGUAUUGUUGGCAAAUCAAGACACACCGGGUGCCGGUGCGGCGUCAACCUCUUCCAGGUCGAGGCUGAGAAGCGCGCCAAGGGCAAGAAGGGCAAGAAGAAGAAGAAGGGCGGAGGGGCGGGCGCGGCUGGGCCGUCGCAGGAGGCGGAGGAGGGUGCCGAGGCGCCGUCGGAGGCAGCUGAGGCCGCGAAGAAGGCCGAGGAGGAGAGAAUGAUGAGGCUUCUCGAGAAGUGUCACGAGGAGCGGAUGCGGUUCGGCAUCACGGCGGCGAGCCAGGCAGCGGCGUCGGCAGAGGUGGCUAAGGCGGCGCGCUUGGACGCUGCGGCGGACGAGGCGGAGGAGGAGGCAGAGGCGGAGGAGGAGGAGGAGGCGGCGGCCGUGGCGGCGCUGGCGGAUGCCGAGGUGGCGCGGGCGGAGGCCAGGGCGGCGCAGGUGGCAGCGACAGCAGCAGUGGAGAAGGUCAUGGCGGCGCUGGAGGAGGCCAAGGCGGCGCUGAGCGAGGCCAAGGCGGCGCUGAGCGAGGCCGACUCGGCGCUUGAGGGGCGCGAGACGGAGCUUCAGGCGGCGAUAGGCGCUGCAGAGGCCACGGGAAUUGCUGCGGGCGCGGCGAGGGCCAGGGCGGACGCUGCCAGGGAGGCUGCGGAUGCGGCCCAAAGCGAUGCCGUUGCAUAG